UUCUUCGUGGUUGUGUGCAUGCGGUGGGAUUGUGCGAGUGUGUUCGUGAGAGCUGUGGGCGGCGUUGGCUGCUUCCGAGUGUGGUCUUCUUGGCGGAAGGCUGUGUGUCCGAGUGUGGUGGUGCCUGCGAGGUUGGGGUGUGUAGAUGUGGACCCUUCGAGGCCCUUCUGCGUUUUCUUCGUUGCGUACGAUUGUGUUCGGUUAGCGUUCUCAUCAGGGCUCUGGUUCUGUGUGUGGGGUGUGUGGCCUCUGCGACUGUGUUUGGGUGGUGUCGUCGUUAUGUCGGGCGUGUGUGAUCCCGACUGUGCUAGGUUGUGUGUCCGAGAGCCGCUGCAUUUGACUGAUUUCGUUGUGUCCUGUUGGGCAGUGUGCGGGGCUGACCAGGUCGGCUUCUGGGGCAAUGCUGGGUGGUGCUUGUUUGCUACCCUUCUGUGGGGCUGGACCCUGUGUGGUCCUGUCCGCGCUGAGUUGUGUGCCUGUGUGCCUGUGUCCUUUAGAGUCGUUGGCUUGGAUGGGCGGACAGCGCUGGGUCGGCGGCUGCUCUGCUGGGAGGCCCGCCUGUGCCUCGUUGUUUUGAAGGAUUCGUUGGUGAGUGGGAGGCUCCUCCAGGCUUGAAGCUGAGUAGCGCUCGCCGAGGCCGGCGCCUUAGAGCCUGUGGCUGCGGGCUUCGGUUCCCGCCGCACUCCGGUUUCGUCCAUUUCUGGUCAGUUUCGUGGGUGCUGCUGCCGGGGUCCGAGGGAGAGGCCUCGAAAGGACAAUGGGCACAUUCACCAGGCCUCGCGCGUCGGGUGGGGACAUUCGGGAUCACCUCCAGGGAAGAUUUUCCCUCCCCAUCUUCGGGGGAGCGACAUUGCCGCUGGGGUCUGGUACCCGUCGCAUCCGAGACCGCGGCCGAGUCUCGGCUCUGGGAGGGACCUCUUUAGUCGGGCCCUAGCUCUGGUUUAAAGAAUUUUGUUUUGUCAAUUAUUGUGAUUGCUAAUGCCAUCAUCACAAUCGUCAUUAUUAAAAUCUAUUUUAAUUAAAAUAAUCCUCCCAGAGCGCGGCAGUUUGCCCCUUUUGGCUUUUUCGGCAGGAGAACAAAGCAGCGGGGUUUUCCCCGCUAGCGCCGUUUUCUAAGUUGCUGGGUUUGAGGUAGGAAGAGAAAAUGGAGAGGGGGGACGGACACAGAGACUUGGUCAUACAGAAGGCAAACAUUAACCCCCAGCGAACACUCGAACGUUCAGCCCCAGCGAUCACACCGGGAAUGGGUGGAUUCCCCCUUUCUUUCCUCCCCUACCCUCUUUUAGAUUAGAGGAGGAGGAAGAAACUCUUCUUCAUUGUAUUGCAAUCCAGGGAAGAAUUAUUCCUAUAUUUCCAUCAAUGCCGGGGCAAACAGAAGGAGGCCUUCGCAGUUGAUCCAACACUUCGAUGUGUGAUUAUAAGCCUGACGAUUUAGGCAAAACGAAUUAAACAAAAUCCACUAGGAAAAAAUAAAAACAAACUAAAUCCUGCACCAUUCUUGAAAGUAGUAUUGGGUUUGUUUUUACCUUCCUUUCCUUUUAGCUUGUUUAUUGCUGUAACAAAUCAUUAGAAUUCUCCCUUACUGUGUCUAAACCCCGAAAAAUCGAAAAUCGUUUUGUUCGAGUGGUGGAGGGGAAGGCAGAGUGGGGGGCUGGCGGGUGCGGGGGGGGGACUUUCCCCCUUUCUUUCUCCUUUUCUUGGCCUUUAUUUCGUUUUCUUUUUCAGUCUCUCUUUUCCUCUCUUUCUUUUUUUCUUUUGCUUAAUCAGUAGGGAGACGAGACAGGACCUGAACAGAUCAGAUAUCUUUCCCCAAUCCCCCUUUCCAACUCCAUUUCUAUAUGAAAGUAUAGUCCCUGGAAUUGAGUUCUGGUUUCGCUUUGGGUUGGAGGUGGGUGAAUGGGAGUCAGGUAGAAAAUGAGGUUGGGGGGACUCCAAGAUUCUGUCCCACCGACCUGGGUCUAAGGACUAUUCGCCUUUCCUUUCCCGACGCAGACCUCCACCCAUCCAGGCCCGGGACUACCCCUUCGCGGUGUAGCGGCAGCCGGAGACCUGGCUGGGGACCCAAGUGCAUAGACACCUCCCUGCUUAGAAAACAAACACGGAACCAGACCGCUCUCAGUUGGAGGAUCGCCCAGGACCACACCGCAGCGUAACUGCAGGCCUCUCAGCGAAAAAGGGGGAAAGCAAAGACUGGGGUCCGCAUCCUCCACCUCGGCUUCCGCCCUUCUCUGGCGGAGUGGAGAUCCUUCCUAUUCAGAGGGGGCAGCCUCUCUAAAUAUGCCCCAGGAUGACCGAGCGGCCGCCGAGCGAGGCGGCUUGCAGUGACCCCCAGCUAGAGGGACGGGACGCGGCCGAGGCCCGCAUGGCCCCUCCGCACCUGGUCCUGCUGAACGGCGUCGCCAAGGAGACAAGCCGCGCGGCCCCCGCGGAGCCCCCAGUCAUCGAGCUGGGCGCACGCGGAGGCCCGGGGGGCGGCCCUGCUGGUGGGGGCGGUGCCGCCAGAGACUUAAAGGGCCGCGACGCGGCGGCGGCCGAAGCGCGCCAUCGGGUGCCCACCACCGAGCUGUGCAGACCUCCCGGGCCCGCCCCGGCCCCCGCGCCCGCCUCGGCCCCCGCGGAGCUGCCCGGCGACGGCCGCAUGGUGCAGCUGAGUCCUCCCGCGCUGGCCGCCCCAGCCGCUCCCGGCCGCGCGCUACUCUACAGCCUCAGCCAGCCGCUGGCCUCGCUUGGCAGUGGGUUCUUUGGAGAGCCGGAUGCCUUCCCUAUGUUCACUACCAACAACCGAGUGAAGAGAAGACCUUCCCCCUAUGAGAUGGAGAUUACUGAUGGUCCCCACACCAAAGUUGUGCGGCGUAUCUUCACCAACAGCCGGGAGCGAUGGCGGCAGCAGAAUGUGAAUGGGGCCUUUGCUGAGCUUCGCAAGCUGAUCCCCACACAUCCCCCAGACAAGAAGCUCAGCAAGAAUGAGAUCCUCCGCCUGGCCAUGAAGUACAUCAACUUCUUGGCCAAGCUGCUCAAUGACCAGGAGGAGGAAGGCACCCAGCGAGCCAAGCCUGGCAAGGACCCUGUAGUCGGGGCUGGUGGGGGUGGAGGUGGGGGAGGGGGCAGUGCACCCCCGGAUGACCUCCUGCAGGACGUGCUUUCUCCCAACUCCAGCUGUGGCAGCUCCCUGGAUGGGGCAGCCAGCCCGGACAGCUACACGGAGGAGCCGGCACCUAAACACACGGCCCGCAGCCUCCAUCCUGCCAUGCUGCCCGCUGCCGAUGGAGCCGGCCCUCGGUGAUGGGUCGGGGCUACCAGGAUCAGCCAGGAGGGUGCCCUUAGGCUGCUGGGAUGGUGGGCUUCAGGGCAGAUAGAAUCAGAAUUGGGCAGCUCUGAAGCAAGGCAGUGGACUUGAUGAACUUUCCUGGAUGUCUGAAGUUUGGGAAGCCUUUACUGACCCUGGGGCUUGCUUUUCUGUUUCCUGUACCAGUAGGGAUCAGAAAAAUGGAGCAAAGUGGUAGGUACUUUUCGUGAAGACGGCACGGUCUUCCCCCCUUCCCUCAGUCCCUAAUCCUUCCCAAGUAAGAGGCUGGCGUGUCACUGCUUUUGGCCUGGAGUUUCGGAGCCCUGUCUUUCCUGAGACCUGGAGUUGUCAGUUCUCAUCUGAGGCAUCCAACAGCCUCUGCCUUGCCUUUAACCCCUCCCAAACUGGCUGGGGUGGCCUGUGUGGCCACUUCUGUCUGUAUUUAUAGGUACCCAGUAGCUGCCCAUUUUGUGAGCCCCAUCUUCACCCAGGCCUAUGUUGAUCCAUCCAGCUUGCCAGAUGCUGCAGUCACAAGCCUCGAGGUGCCUUCUUCAGGGCCUGGUUGAAGAAGAUGAUCAGUGGACAGUCUGCUCUAGAUGAGCUGGGCCAGAGGGUUAGGACACCCAGUUGCCCUUACUUGCCCUGGGGAUCAAAGUUCUGCUUUCUCCCCACUGAGACUUGCCUUCCUAAGCCUGUGGCUGUGGAAACAGUGUCUGCAGCCCUGAGAGAGUGAAGGCAGAGAAAGGGACAAUGAUAUUAGAGUGGAAUGGAUCAAGAGGUAUUUUGGGCAUGUGGGCUUCAACUCCUCCACAUCACUGUUCAUGCUGGCAUGAAUGCCAGUGUGCUGAAUGGGCAUAUGCUGGUGCUGAGAGUAGAUGCACAGCCCCAUCUGUGCAUUCUAGAUGCUUAGAGGGAUUUCUUUGCUGUAAGAUGUCUGUUUGCUGAUGGCCUGGUCUGUGUUCUGAAUUGAGCACAAACUCUAUCCUAUGAAUGCUUUGCAUUUGGAACUUUUGCUUGACUUCAGUUAUUGGUGGAAUUGUUAGUUCUCAAUAGGACGAGGAUCCAGCCUCACUUCUAGGGCAUGGAUAAUCCAAUCAGAGACCAGGCCCUGACUAAGACCGAAACAUGCACAUUCACUUAGCAGAACCUUACCCCUCAAUUGUGCAGCUUUUGGCCAUCAAGGUGUGUCUGGGAGGUUGGUUUAAUGCAACAGAAGUGCUCCCCUCUGAAAGUUGUACAUGCAGUUUUUGUAAAUCACAUCCUUAUCCUUCAUCUUUUAAAGAAAUAACCGCUGCAAGUCCUUUUGUAAAGUGAAGAAUCCUUUUAUAGAGUGAACCACUGCCCCUUCAUUGAUUUCCUGUGUCAAUCCAGAUGGUGGGAUGUGGUUUUUUAAGGUGAGGCCAGUCUGUGACCUGCAUCUAAGCCCAUGGGACAAACUGCACAGAAGUCCUGUAUGUCUGUCAUCGUGCCCUUAAGUCACCCUCUCCAUCUAGGCUCUGCCUUUGAGGUCAGAGGGAAGAUAGCCUGUGGCCCUGUGCUGUCGUGUAAGAACUCGUCACUCUUGUGUCUGGAAAGCCCCCCUUAUAGCUUGGGCUUCAGCCCAGUGACUUGCCCUCACCAUAAUGGGGUCCCAGUUCAGUCAUGUACGGACAGAGAAUAUAUCUGCUCCCUCCCCUUCCUUUUAAGGAAGGUCCAAUUCUUGAGCUUGGGGCAACGUGGUUCACCUUUGUAGCACUCUGACUCUCCAUCCAAUUUCAGACUCCCCAGAUCAUGUUUUGGUGAACAUUAGGGUUGGUUCCUUUCCAGUGUGUGGAAGAUCCUAUGAGGAGCCCCAUCUGUUUAACGAUAAAGCCAUGCUAUAGGAUCUAAAGCUGUUUGCUUCACGGUAGAUUCACUUGACUUGGGAAUGGGAAGUGGCCAUAGUGUGGAUGGGCGGAUAGGUUUUAUGAGAUAGAUCACACAUUUUAUCAAGAACUCAAACUUCUGACUCCCUCUUCUUUCAGACUUGCCGUGAGACUAUGGCUUGGCCUGUCUCUUAGGGCUAUGACAUGGACUGAAGGGGAUCAUGAAAAGUAGGCUGUUUUGAGAACAUAGAGAGCUCUAUUUCCCUCAAUCUCAAUCCUGUGGUGGGGUUUCCAGCCUGAGUCCACGACCUAGGCAGUGGGCCAGUGUGCCUGACUGCCCCGCAUUUGGGUAAUUUAGGUUAUAAACCGCUUUGGCCUGAGUUAUGGAGAUUGUCCUCAUUUCUCCAGAAUGUCUAUUUUUUUUUUUUUUUUGUAAGAGACAGUGUCUUGUUCUGUCACUCAGGCUGGAGUACAGUGGUGCCAUCAUUGCUCUCUGCAGCCUUGAACUCUGGGCUCCAGCAAUCCUCCCACCUUAGCCUCCUGAGUAGGGAGGACCACAGGUGUGAGCCACCACACCUGGUUAAUUUUUGUUUUUUUUUGGUAGAGAUGGAGUCUCGCUGUAUUGCCCAGGCUGGUCUUGAACUCUUGGCUUCAAACGAUGCUCCUGCUUUUGCCUCCAGAAGCACUGAGAUCACAGGUCUGAGCCAUUGCACCCAGCCCAGGUUGUCUUAGUUUCUGUCUUGUUCUAAGGCCAGGGACAGUAAAGAGAAUGGAAAAAGAGAUACGGGAACACGGGCAGAUUGUGUAAAAUGUAAUGCGACUACCCAAAACAAGCCUGGUAGGAAAGGGCAAGGCUUUAGGUCUUUGUAAGAACUAAAGAAGAUCUGUAAUUUUUAUUUUCACCCUCUGUACCCCAUGACCUUAUCCUUCCUCUCCUUCCUUGUUACCCAUGAAAAAAUGGCAACCUUCCAAGAAUAGUCUCUGUACAAAGGGAAAAGAAUAUAAAGGUAAAACAAAACACAACACAACAUUUUGAGAACAAAGAUGACCAUAACUACUGGAGGGCAUCACAUCUUUUAAGACAAAUUCAUAUGCUUUUAUUUGUUAUGGCAAAUGACAAGAUGGUACAACCUUUAUUCUUUUCCAAAAUAAAACAAAGGGCACAGCAUCUAUAGUCAGCCGACAACUAUUUCGGCCUUUUGGGGGUGGGUCUGGCCGUACUCGUGAUUUCGAUGGUACGUGACCCUCUGCUGAAGACUUGCCCCCUGCCCAUGUACAUAGUGCAUUGUUUCUGUGGGCGGGCCCAGCACUUUCCGUCAAUGUUGUACUGUAUGUGAUGAAUUGCGUUGGUCUCUGCAUUUUCUGCAGAAGAGGAGUAACCGCUCCAGGUACCUUGACCUUUGUACAGCCCAGAGGCCAACACUGUGGGUGUGUGACUCUUUAGCAAAAAAACCCAUGUGGUGAUGAUGUGUGUAUAUAUAAGGAUAUAUCGGGAAGAUUUCUAAAUAAAAGUUUUACAAAGGGGC